AGCCGCUCCUCGUGAGCUCUCGGGGGCACCGCAAACAGCGCGCUCUCUCAAACCGUGCAGCUGUUAGUAUUCGCUUAGUCAUCUCCCCAGCAGCCCACAGCACAUUUUAAAAUUUGGCUUAACUUCCUUUUUUCUCUCCUUCUGGCUUGAGUAAACUACUUUCUACAUGAGUGCUGAAGGAAACUAUCUAUGCCUUUGCAAAAUAAGAGGCAGUGGUAAGGUGCUGACUCCGGUCGCACAGUGCAUCUGAAAGUUAUCCACCACAUGGGUCUGUGAAUAUCACCACUCUCACUCAGGUUCUACGCUUAGCUGACUGCGCUACUGGAGUGAACAUAACGUCAUCCAGCGGCAGGACACAGUGUCCGCCCCCAGCUUGCUGACCAUCUCUCCGAGGUUCCACGUGCCCGGCUCGGGGAACUUGUCCACCCUGGCAGAGCCGCUCCUUAGGAACUCUCGGGGCCACAUCACCCCUUCUGCAUAUUUGAUGCUAUCUUUGCAGUUACUGCUUUUACCGCUUGGUGAACAGCAAGAGUAGAAUUUUAUUAAAGAUGAAAGUGGAUUUUUAAAAAGAACAUUUUGUUUUAAGCAAAUAUAUUUUCUUUAGCAGAUAUUUGUUCUCCACCAUGGGCCCUUCAGCAUCUGAUGUGUUGUGGGAGGUGGCGACCAAAGAGGACUCCUCUGGAAGAUUUCUUCUGCUCAGGUAUAGGAAGAAUGUUUAUCUUUUCGUCUAUUAUUUAAUCCAGUUCUGUGGCCACUCUUGGAUAUUUACAAACAUGACAGUCAGAUUCUUUUCAUUUGGAAAAGAUUCAAUGAUAGAUACUUUUUAUGCUAUUGGACUUGUCAUGCGAAUUUGCCAAUCCAUUUCUCUCUUGGAGUUGCUGCACAUAUAUGUUGGCAUUGAAUCAAACCAUCUUUUUCCAAGAUUUUUGCAGCUCACUGAGAGAAUAAUCAUCCUUUUUGUGGUGAUCACCAGUCAAGAGGAAAUCCAAGAAAAAUAUGUGGUGUGUGUUUUAUUCAUCUUUUGGAAUCUACUGGAUAUGGUUAGGUACACUCACAGCAUGCUGGCAGUCAUCGGAACAUCCUACGCUGUCUUGACAUGGCUCAGUCAAACACUAUGGAUGCCCAUUUAUCCCCUAUGUGUUCUCGCUGAGGAAUUUCUAGAAUCGCUACGUGAAUAUUCAAUGUGUGUUGUACCACUCCAAAAUGAAACAUUUGCCAUCUAUCAAUCGCUGCCUUAUUUUGAAUCAUUUGGCACUUACUCUGCCAAGCUACCCUUUGACUUAACCAUCUACUUCCCGUAUGUGCUGAAGCUGUAUCUCAUGAUGCUCUUUAUAGGUAUGUACUUUACCUACAGUCAUCUUUACUCGGAAAGAAGAGAUGUCCUCAGAAUCUUUUCCACUAAAAAGAAGAAAAUGUGAGGCACAGCAUUCCAUGUGAUAUGAGAAGAGAUGGGAUUCAGUAGCAGCACACAACACUGGAAGUAUUCUGGUGGAAAAAUACUACUUGAGAAAAAGCUAUGACAUUAAUUACCAAAUUCUAGGUGACAAUAGUUUGUUUUUUUUUAAGACAUACUCUGUAUACCUUGCUUCAUUGAAGCUGUGGAUUUUAUAGAAGUUACAUUUAUAUUGUGUGAAGUCUGAUUAUUUUACCAUAAGGCUGAUGAGAAAUAAGUUCAAUUAAAUUCAGAAAACAAGCUUUAUUACCUUAAUUACAUGUAUUCUUUUUCACUUCAAAGCUCUCAAACAGUAGCAGAUCUACAGGAAGGAAUCACUGUAAAAUAACGCUCUGCAGUUGUUUGGGAUGACACACUUUGUAGACAAAUGUAAUUGUCCAUGGAACUAACAACUCAAUAUCUACCUUAAACAUUAAAUUCACUAUGAAAUUAA